ACACCUGUGAUAAUGGUGAAGCAGGGCUUUGAGCCUCCUACCUUUACUGGGUGGUUCACGGCCUGGGACGCGACAAAAUGGAGCGGUGGCAAAACCUAUGAGCAGCUGAAGGAGGAGUUAGGGGAGAUUACAUUACCCACUAAAGUUGAUUCUGGAUCCAAUGGUGCGGAGAGUAAAACCAUCUCACAAUAUGCACCAGAAAUGCUGAUAAACAAACUGUCUGGAGAGCUGCCUGAGAACGUGGACCCCGCACACAAAGAG